AGGUGUCGCUGCGGGCUAUGGAGGAACAGAGUGGAGAAAAGACGGGGCCUGGCCUGGGAAUUUGCUGUUCGCUUCCCAUUCUUCCUAUGCAGACAGUCAGACACACAACAUGGCGGACUAGAAUAGUCGGCCGACGCGCCCGGAUACAACGGAUAAACCGUGGGAUUUCACAUCCAGGAAGGCCAAGAAAGUACAUUCUAAAGGGAAGAUAAGUUAGGGCGAAUCAAGGAUUUUGGGGGGGGAUGCCGUCCUUGCCUGGAUUUAGCAGAUAAACUGACUGCGAAGUGUUGGCUGUGUAUCCCAGACCGUGCUUCCCUCCUCUGCUAUCACCCAGGUCCCCCCACCCCGCUCACACUCUCGGUUCCUGGGGUGUGGAGACAGGGGCCGGGGUUGAAAAACGUGGAAGAGAAAAGAGAGGAUAAAUUCCUACUUGGCCUUAAUCCCCCCCCCCCUCCUUUCGGGUUUCCUCUGGGUGCUACAGGAGUUCUGGACCACGCUGUGCGAAUGAGUGAUUAAUGCCAACUUCGCUUCUUCAGGGCAGAAUGGGUGUGUGUCCCCUGCUCCUGCUGCUCGGUCUAGCCCUCGGGGCCUCAGCCCAGGAUCAUGUCCCCAUCACAAGUCCUCCAAAUAUCACUGCCAAACCCACAGACCCCCCAGCCGCACCCUCCCUCAACUUCACAGUCGCACGCACGCGAGCCCCCACAGGCCCACCCACAACGCUCGCCCCCGCAGUCUUCCCGGUGACGACAAUAACAACAACAACAACAACCACAAGCCCAGCUGGUGAGGAGGAUGUACAACUGGCGGGUCCCAAUGCCACCGGGCGGGUGUUACCAGUCCCUGCUCCCUCACCUCCAGCUCCAACUCAUGCCCUCCAGGCACAACCGAGCACCGAGCCUCCCCCUCCUCCCACCCUGGCCGGGGUUGACAACAAGACCACAGCCUCCCCUACAGACACCCUGACUCCAGAUUAUAUUGAUGGGGAUGUAUUCACUGUGGAGACUGAGACCACCACAGAACCUGGGAUGGGGUUCACCUCAAAUACCAGCCCACUUGACAACAACCAGUCUGAUGACAUGCCAAUCAUAGCAGUCAUGGUGGCCCUGUCCUCCCUGCUGGUAAUCAUCUUCAUCAUCAUCAUCCUCUACAUGCUCAGGUUUAAGAAGUACAAGCAGGCAGGAAGCCAUUCAAACUCCUUCAGACUGACCAAUGGUAGAUCAGAUGAUACAGAACUUCAGAGCGUCCCGCUAUUGGCCCGCUCACCCAGCACAAACAGGAAGUACCCGCCCCUUCCCGUCGACAAACUCGAGGAAGAAAUGAACCGUCGCAUGGCCGAUGACAACAAGCUCUUCAGGGAAGAGUUUAAUUCGCUGCCAGUCUGCCCCAUCCAGGCAUCAUGCGACGCUGCUUCCAAAGAAGAGAAUAAAGAAAAGAACAGAUAUGUCAACAUCCUGCCAUAUGAUCACUCCAGAGUGCAUCUCUCAUCUCUGGAGGGAGUCCCAGACUCUGACUUCGUCAACGCCUCCUUUAUAAAUGGUUACCAAGAGAAAAAUAAGUUUAUUGCAGCUCAAGGGCCCAAGGAGGAAACAGUAAAUGACUUCUGGCGGAUGAUCUGGGAGCAGAACACAGUCACCAUUGUCAUGGUGACCAAUCUGAAGGAGAGAAAAGAGUGUAAGUGUGCCCAGUACUGGCCGGACCAGGGCUGUUGGACGUACGGGAACAUCCGCGUGUCUGUAGAGGACACAAUGGUUCUGGUGGACUACACAAUCCGCAAGUUCUGCAUCCAACAGGUGGGAGAUGUGUCUGGGAAGAAGCCUCAGAGGCUCGUCACCCAGUUCCACUUCACCAGCUGGCCAGACUUCGGGGUGCCCUUCACCCCUAUUGGCAUGCUCAAGUUCCUCAAGAAAGUCAAGAAUUAUAACCCCCAGUAUGCCGGGGCCAUUGUGGUCCAUUGUAGUGCGGGCGUGGGGAGGACCGGUACCUUCAUUGUGAUCGAUGCCAUGUUGGACAUGAUGAACACUGAAAGGAAGGUGGACGUGUUUGGCUUUGUCACCAGGAUCAGAGCCCAGCGCUGUCAGAUGGUCCAGACUGAUAUGCAGUAUGUGUUCAUCUUCCAGGCAUUGUUAGAGCACUACCUGUACGGAGACACAGAGCUGGAGGUGACUUCUCUGGAGUCCCACCUAGCCAAACUAUACUCCCCCUCACCUGGAGCUGGCUGCAGUGGGCUGGAGGCUGAAUUCAAGAAACUGACAUCCAUCAAGAUUCAGAAUGACAAGAUGAGAACAGGGAACCUGCCCGCCAACAUGAAGAAGAACAGAGUCCUGCAGAUCAUUCCAUAUGAGUUCAACAGAGUGAUCAUUCCAGUCAAACGAGGAGAGGAGAACACAGACUAUGUCAAUGCCUCUUUCAUUGAUGGCUACCGCCAGAAGGACUCCUACAUGGCGAGCCAGGGCCCCCUGCAGCACACCAUAGAGGACUUCUGGAGGAUGAUCUGGGAGUGGAGAAGCUGCUCCAUAGUCAUGCUCACUGAGCUGGAGGAGAGAGGGCAGGAAAAGUGCGCUCAGUAUUGGCCUAGUGAUGGAGUGGUGGUCUUUGGGGACAUCUCCAUCGAGAUUAAAAGGGAGGAGGAGAGCGAGAGCUACACAGUGCGUGACCUCCUGGUCACCAACAACAGGGAGAACAAGGCUCGGGCGGUGCGUCAGUUCCAUUUCCAUGGCUGGCCAGAGGUGGGCAUCCCCACUGACGGUAAAGGCAUGAUCAACAUAAUCGCUGCGGUGCAGAAACAACAGCAGCAGUCUGGCAAUCACCCCAUAACUGUGCACUGCAGUGCUGGUGCUGGCCGGACGGGGACUUUCUGUGCGUUGAGUACAGUCCUGGAGAGGGUGAAGGCAGAGGGCAUCCUGGAUGUCUUCCAGACAGUCAAGAGCCUCAGACUGCAGAGACCACACAUGGUGCAGACACUGGAGCAGUACGAGUUCUGCUACAAAGUGGUCCAGGAGUAUAUCGAUGCCUUUUCUGACUACGCCAACUUCAAGUAGGAACCUGCCAUGGAAGGAUGGAUGGAUGGAUGUCUGCAUACACUUCAUACAAGCAUAUGCACGCACCAGAACACACACACACAUACAUUACCAUGCAGAAAGCUGCAUAUUCCCAUCUGAUGGAUUAAAAAAAAAAGACUCAUCACAACUUGAUCUGUGGAUGGGAUGAACUGCCCGCAGGAAAAGGGAACCGAGGCCUCGGCCCGGAGGACAGGGCAGCGCAGUCGGACAGACAAAAUAACGGAGAUGCCUUCUUGAAUAUUUUGUAAUAUUGGUCUUGUUAAUACAGCCCUUCACCCCUAUUUGCUAUCCCCCCCCCCAUAUGUAUAUAUACUUAACUGUGUUGCAUGUUAUUACUUUGGUUUCAGACACAGUUUUGAGUUUGGCUGCAUUUUUGGGUGGCACCUGUAAUGUAUUUUAUUGGUAUAUAUAUAAAUAUAUAAAUAUAUAUGAAUAUAAAUCCAACGCUUUGGAGGCUAAUGUAAAAAAUCCAGAGUCGAGGCAAUGAUGUUUGGAUUUUUGUUUUUUACUUUUUAGGGACAGAGACUUAAAACAUUUUGGCUUGGCCAGAGCCAUGCUAAAGCAACGUGUGUUGUAGCAGAACCCUAAACAUUUACAGACAAAAUCUGGACAGUUUUUCACUCCUAGACAUUCAUACAGUACACACACACACACACACACACACACACACACACACACACAAGCAGAGCCAUUUGUCUCGACACAUAUUUAGUUCCAUCUAUCGAGCCACUUGAAAAUGUAUCCCCUUUAAGUUUCAGGGGUUCAAAGUUCACAAUUGGAUAUCAGAACCUCUGUGAUGUAGCUCAUAGACUCAGGUUGACACACACACACACACACACACACACACACACACACACCAAAAUCCAGGAGCCAUUAAUUUGUGUGUGUUUGUUUGAACUAGAGCUUAAGCUAGCAGAGAAGACUGUUUUGACAUCACUGUCUUCUAUCUGCUGAGUGCCAAAGUCAUUCACUCCUUUGGUAAUGCGGCUCUGGAGUCUGAAACCAUGUUUAGACAUUCAGUACAAGACCGCUGUUUUACUGUUCAAGGAUCUGUAACCAACACACUGCUGGACUAUAACAGGAAGUUACUGAAGUAGAAAUAAAUACACAUUUUUUUACAGCAUACAUUAAGGAGAAUUGGUCAAGCAUUUAUGUUGAAUCUCUAAAAUUAUUAUAUUUACAGUAUCGUUACAGUAUCUGCAGCAAUGUUGAUCAUGUCGACAAGCCAAAUCACAAAUAACACAAUCGCAAGUAACCCCAUUAUUGCAUUAUAGAAAACAACGUGUUAUAUACCCAGCAUAUUUCUUUUCUUGUUUACAGACGCAUGUCAGUAUUUCUUGUAGAUUGUAUUGAGCAUUUCUUUUCUGUAGGGUUGUCCUUUGAGUCUGCCUGAAUUAACUCACAUUUUUUACAUCUUUUAUAUCAGCCUUGCAUCAUUACGCUGUACUAUCACUUUUAAAGAAUGAGUCCCUUUUUAUUUGCCACCAUGAACACUGAUGCCGAAGAAUGUCUCUUUUAAUUUGAAUGCUGUUGCUAACGUAUUCCUAAAAAAUUUAUACAUUGUUACUUAAAUAGUGGUGUGCCAUGCCAUGUUUGCUCAGUUUUUCUUUUUUUUAAUGGCUGUCCUGUGAGGACACGAACACUUGAAUUAUAGUGGGGGUUUUUUUUCAGAUGAGGUCACAUUGAGGCUAUGCACUCAUUUGUGAUAUUUGAUGUCAGUUAACUGCAGGGCUUCAGGUCAGUCAUGUCAUCUUGUUCAGCUCAGGAAAUGAUUGAUUCCAGAAUUGUUUAAAUUUACAAAUUGAAAUGAGUUCAUCUCCAAAGCUGACUCACAUUUAAAUGGUUUGACCUCCCCACCAGAAGAAUAUUCAGACAGCAAGCCUUGUAUGGAUUUGAACAGAAUUUAAUGACAUGAUAUUAAAAAUGAGAUUUUUUGUAAGAGUUUUCAAGCUAUUUCAAUGUUUAUUUUAACAGAGAACAGCCCCAUUAUUGUACAUAAUUACAUCCCACAACAGUCUAAAUCACACUAACAGUCCCUUAUUAAAUUACUUUUCCUUACGUGAGGAGCACAAUCAAUCCUAAUUUAUUGAUAGUGGACGACUAUCAAUAUGCUGAUUUAUUUUAUCAUUUUUUUUUAAGGAAGGUUAAUGCGUCAAUGUUAAUUGUUGAACACACUGCACUAUUUGCACCAAAAGUAAAGCCCUUAAAAAUACGGAACCAAAUGAGAGAUGAGGUGAGAAUGAUGAUAUGGCCUUGAAAUCAGAAUAUGGCAACUAUAUUAGCUCUUUCAGGUCUCAAAGCCCUGGGUUAAGCCUUCUGUAAGGCCCCUGUAGGGACUUAAAGUAGCAGAUAUUUUAAUUGACCAGUCACUGAAAUUGUUGGCUGUUCGUGCAUCGUCAUUGUCAUAUCAGGUCUUCUUUCAUUUCCAUUCAUCACAAGUGUCCGAACUAUUGGUUAGGUGCCAUUAUGUUCUUCAUGUAUUUACUUUGUCACUUAUCGUGUCUUUAGUUAACGGAGGAAGGGAUGCUUUUUGUUUGCCAAUUCUGUCUGUGCUUAAAUGACAUGGGUUUAUUGUGUGUGCUUGAAUCGUGACUGUCUCACUGCAAUUUGACAGCAAAACAUGACACUGUGCCAACCCAUGAGACCCACUAUUUUGCUAUUAUAGUGAAGUUAAAAAAGUGCCUCACUUGUAGGUUUUCAAAAACAAAAACAUUACAUAAAAUAUGUGCUGCAACCACUGUCAUCCUAAAGGCUUUCCUUUGCAUUUUCCCAACUCGCAUGUAUUUUCUCAACUGUCACCUGCAGACCAAUGACACACCUCUUUGUAUGACAAAUCAAUAGGGCCAAAACUAAGAGUGGGUCCUUCCUUUUACAUUCCCUCUAGUCGCAUAUCCGUAGAUUCCUUAGUUGUGCAGAUCAAACUAACAUUGAGGUCACUUUUUAAAUAAAUGCCAUCUUGAUUAAAUGGCUUCAUUUAAUUCCAUAUCACUGAAAUGUGGUAUCCAUGACAAGUAAUCAAUUGUGGGUACCCGAAUGUUCAACAGAAAAUCAUAAAUUUUCCCCACAACAAAAACAAUUGCAUAUUUUAUGCAUAAUCACCAAGGGAAACCAAAUAGUUGUCUGUGUUUCAUAUGCCUUUAUUCCUGGAGCUUUUCACCAGUGGAGUGUUUUCAAUGCCCCGGAGAAUUAAAAUACAUCUCCAUUUCUAGAGCGUCGGACUGGAAGAAGACUAGAGUCCAAUGUCCUUUAUGUCUCCUGUCCAGUUCCACUCUCUGCUGUCCACUUAUCGCUUUCUUUUCCUUUUUUACUUUGUCCUAGGACAAAGGCCCACUUGCUUUUGUACAUAAUGUAAGGUUAUUUAUAUUGCAUUCCUGUUUGCUGCCUUGCUUAUUAUAUUUUCUUCUCUCUCCACCCCCCCCCCUUCUUUUUUGAAAUAAAAAAGAUGUAUAUUGAACUGUAUCGGGACCAUUUUGAAAUGUAUUAGAGAUGUUUUGUUUCGGGCCAUUUUUAAUUUGGUAUAAUUGUCUUAAGCAAAUCCUAUUUUUUAAUUUGCCAAUGUUUGUUUCUAGUGUUUUGUUAUUCAACAUUUGAAUAUAUGUAUAUAUAAUUAUAUAUAUAUAUAUAUAUAUAAUAAAAUUAUAUAUAAUUAUAUAAUGCCAAAUGGCCUUUCUAAGCAAGAUACUGUUCAAACCUAAUAAAGAGCUUGACAUUU